UUAUUUUAUUAGCUACGAUCUCAAUGAUCAAUGCUAUUCCAUAUCAGCUUCAUAAAAGAGCUACUACCUUUAUAGAAUGCAAUAAUGCUAUAAAACCUCCACUUCUCACCACAACAAUCACUCCUGAUCCUCCCGUUCCUGGAGGAAUAUUAAGUAUUAGUGCUUCUGGAGCACCAACUGACGGUAUCCCCGCAGGUUCCAUGGUUGCUAUUGCAUUUAUUGGUGCUGAUAAUAAUAUCAUAGGUACAGCUAGCAUUACAGACUUUUGUACUUUGUCAGGAAUCACUUGUCCGGUUGGAGCUGCAGUAUCAUUCACUAUACCACCCAUUAACAUAACAGCGCCAGCCACUAUUGCUGGUACCGCUUUGAGUAUUAAUGUUGUAGAUGCCGCAGAGAAACCAUUACUCUGUGCAGUGGCUCGUUUUUGA